AUGGCAGAAAGGCCAGAAGAUCUCAACCUUCCCAACGCGGUCAUCACACGUAUCAUCAAGGAGGCGCUCCCAGAUGGGGUGAAUGUGUCAAAAGAAGCACGCAGAGCAAUAUCCCAAGCUGCCAGUGUCUUUGUGCUGUAUGCAACAUCUUGUGCAAACAACUUUGCCAUGAAAGCCAAGCGAAAAACUUUGAAUGCAGGCGACGUCCUAGCUGCAAUGGAGGAAAUGGAGUUUGAGCGGUUCAUGGAGCCUCUCCGAGAAGCUUUGGAAGUGUAUAAGAAGGGCCAAAAGGGAAAGAAGGAAGUGUCAGAGCAGAAACGCAAAGAUAAAGAGAAGAAGACAGACUCUGAAAAUGAUAAGAGCCGGGAGGAGGAUGAGGAGGAGGAACGCAUGGAGGAAGAAGCUGAAGCAGAGAACGAGGUGGAGGAAGAGGAGGUGGAAAACUGAGAACAGUUCCCACACUCGGAAGCGCUGUUUAAAUGAUGAAUUGCACCCAGGCAGCCCGUGUGAGGUUAUCACGAGGAUCCCAGUAGAAACUGAUUGGUUUAUUGUCCGGGUUGUUGCUUUUUGUCUCCUAUCCUCUGAAAUCCAGAUGUUAAAAGAAAGCACAACAUACUUUCAAGUCUCUGUCGUUCCGCUUUGCUGUGUUUUGGCACGUGACAAAAUGGAUCACACCCUAACUAACUGGUGUUGACCAGUUUCCUUGCUUAAUUACAUCUUGGAUCAGGUGUCUCAGAGUAACAAUCGGUGUUUUGGUUUGACAAAUAGCAGAAGUAGAAUCAUCCUUUACAAGCAUAGUGAUGUGCUGUCACUUUUUAAUGCUAUGGCUGUUUCCAAAUAUAAUGUCACGAACCGAUGUAUUAUUGUUGGAUUGAUAAAAUUAACUAACUUGGCCAACGGGAUUCAAUAUGGUCCAUCCUGGAGAUCAACUUUAAAAUGACAAGGUUAUAUACUUUAAUGCAGCUACUGUAGAAUUUAUGUGAGCUGCACGGGAAUAAUUCAUGGGGGAAAAAAAGUGCAGUUGAUUCAGUUGAGACUGAUAAGAUGAACGGGGCAACUGAGUUGUGCAUUUAUUGCCUGGGUUGGUGAAGAUGACAGUUGUGAUUUUGGUGUUGGAAUUUCUGCUGCAUCUAUAAUAUGCCAGAGUCAGAAAUAAU